AGCGGCCUAGCUGGGGAAUGGAGCCUGGGGAUGGAGUGCGGAGCGCGGCCGCCUUCUUCGCCUUCUUCCUCCUGCUGCUGCCUCCGCGGCAGGUUUGGCUCUUGACGCCCGAGCCUCCCAGCCUGGCCUGGACUCCCAGCCCGGCCCCCGAGGCGACUAGCGGAGCGGGGGCGACCGUUCCGGGGCCGGAGGCCGAAAAGACCCCGGGCGAUGACUCGGUUUCGACCCCGGGGCCCAGCCAGGGAUCGCCGGGCCCCGACGGGGAGGCACCCCCUGGGGGCUCCAGCGCUAGCCCAACCGGCCCCUUCGGGACGGUCGCCCCGAGCCCUACGGAGGGGAGCCCUAGCUACGGCCCCGUCCCGACCGAGAGCCCCGGCCCCGCGCAGCCCGCCGCCCCCGACGGGACUCCUCGCCCUGGGCCUUGGCCGGAGGCCCUGACCGAUGUGGCCAAAUUAUGUGUCUGUGACUUACUGGUGGACCAGUGCGAUGUAAAUUGUUGCUGUGACCCUGACUGUACGGCUGCCGAUUUCGGCCUCUUCAGUACCUGCUCCGUUCCUGUUGUCAGAGGAGACAGCCAGCUCUGCAGGCAGCAGGAAGCUCUCUAUUCCAUCGACCUGGAAGUGCAACCUCCUCAGAGGGAUUUUCAGUUAGCCGACAAAAUCAACCCCAGCGUUUUCUGCCUCCAGACAGUCAACCACAAAGCUGCCUUAUCCUUCCAGGCUCCAGAAAUACCCACUGAAAAUAAUUUUGAUAGGUUGCUUCAUGAAUUUGGUGGGUACACGUUUGGUACUGAAAACGAUCUUGCACUGAUGGUUGAAGAGGAAACCCAGUUCACCGCCGAUACGAACAAGACUACUGGAUACCAAUACAAGGAUCCCAUUCAGACCUCAGAUGGCUUUCUAAGGCUGCCGGCUCCUCUCUUCUUUUCCCAGUGUGCUCUGAGUAAUCCUGCAGGGUUUCUUGUGAACCAGGCUGUGAAAUGCAACACGGUGGUCAAGGAAGGCGAAUGUGCCACUCUUCCUGCUCUCAGCAUGGAGUUCUACACCAAUUCUACCAUUUUAGCUGUACCAAAUUCGAGUCAAAUGCUGAAUAUCACCAUCCAAUCCAUCACCGUCCAGACACCGGAGGGGCUGCGCACACGUCUGAGCCACACGGACGGUCUCAUGCUCCCCACCUCAAACGGCCGGUCCUGCCGCAACGCCGUGCUCGAGGCACGGUACCUUCUGACCUUCACAGAGGCCGGUGAAAUAAUUGAUGCGGUUGUGGCUUUAGUCCUGGGGACCGUUAACGUGACCACUGUUUUUGUACAGCAGAGCUUUGAGAUCCGUUUCAUUCAGCAAAAUACUCAUCCUGUUCCUCUUAGCGGAAGUCCUGGAUACGUCGUUGGGCGACCCAUAAGGGCUGGAUUUAGGUUGGCUGAAUCAGGAGUCGUUCAGAGCACCAACGGCGAGGGCCAGUUGACCAUCAUGAAAAGCGUCCCCGCGCAGGAUUGUUUCGCUGUGGGAGGAAUCCGAACGCCCGUCCUGUUUGGUUACGACAUGAUGUCUGGGUGCCAGCUACGCAUUACCGAGGACGCGGACUGCGAGAUCUUGGCCCCGGCGCUUCUGAGCAUGCUGAAAGGUCAAAACUUUCCCGAUUGUGUGGCCUCUUUUGGAAAUUCUCUGCCCCAGAAUGGACCGGAUUGGGUGCAGAUUCAUUUCAAUGUCACCAAACCAAGCCUCUGCGAGGUUCCUGUGUCCUUUGUGUUAGAGGCGAGAUGGACUAAAUAUGGCUCCUUGGUGAACCCCCAGGCGAGAAUCGUGAGCCUCACUGUGACCGUCGCCACUGCUGCCUUGCCCCAGAUUGAUUCGGGCAGCGCAAGAACCCUCCAGGUGCUCAGCUCCGUCCGCUUCGUCGAUGUCUCCACACCUGCAGAACCCGGUUACAAAGCUCGGCCGACCAUCCAAGCCCAGUUGCCGUUUGACUUUUUCUUCCCGUUCGUUUGAGUCCCGCCAUGUCCUGCUUGACUCGGUUUAAACGAAAAAGGGUUUUCACAUCAGGAUUUCAAAGAGCCGGGACCAAUCCUGAGAUUCUUGCCCUGCGCCCUUUGGGUGGCAUCACAGCAAAGUGUGUGCUUUUUUUGGUUUUUUUUUGGGAAGAACUCCCAAAGAAGGCUAGACACCCUUAGCAGAGUUGGGUUAACGCUGCAGUUGGCCUUGGCAGAGGGUGCCAGAGCCGGGCUCACCCCUUUUCCGUCGCCCGCCUGCCAGCUGCACCCGUUCCUCUGGAUAAAAGCUGACUUGGCGGGUGGGUCACAGAAUCCCUCGACCAGCCAAGUCGUGUCCCGAAGAGAAUUCUGGAGACAGCCUUGGAAGACUCCGUGGCUCAGGGGAUGUGGAGGUCAGGAAGGGGAGGAAAAAAACUCAAGAAAAGUGAGGGAGAAAACACAUGCACAGGAGCGGCAGAGAAAGAGACCCUUCUUUUACACAGAUUUGAUUUUAUUAAAUUAUUUUUGCUAUAUAUAUUUUUUAACCUGUACAGCUGUACAAUUAAACAUUGGAAUAAUAGGA